AUGAUUUUCGCAGCAAACUUGUGCGGACCAGGGCACGGUAUUAGUGUCGGAAGCCUCGGGAGGUAUAAAGAUGAGAAGAACGUCGAGCGCUUAACCGUGAGAAACUCUAUUAUCAACGGUACAACCGACGGUUUACGGAUCAAAACAUAUGCUAAGUCGGUCUCGGCCAUUUCGGUUUCGAACUUCUUGUACGAUAAUAUCCAAAUGGUCAACGUUGGAAACCCUAUCGUCAUCGACCAACAGUAUUGUCCAAAUGGACAAUGCGACAGUCCUGGAAAGUAUGAGUCUCAUGUUCAGAUCAGAGACGUGACGUACAACAAAAUAUGGGGAACUUCGACGAGCCAAGCGGCUUUGAACAUGCAGUGUAGUAAAACGUUUCCUUGUCAAGGCGUUGAGCUCUCAAACAUCAACUUGAUGUACAAUGGGGGGGACGGUUCGGCCAUGGCCUUGUGUGAGAAUGUUGGUGGUUCGAUUCGUGGGAAGAUUGUACCUGCUGGUUGUCAUAUUUGA